CCUCUCAUAAACCUCGUCAGAGCGCACCAACAUUUCCCAUUACUUCCAGGAGAAGCAAGCAGCGGUUCACUAUUACCAACUUUGCGUGCUACUUAUGGCACACAACUAGCAGGGUAGACUACUCCCUGAGCAUUUUUCUUAACCCCUACGGUGUAUGGAAAGGGCUCCUGGAUGGACCUGGGCGAAAACAGCUGGUCCAUGGUCAAGCGAGAAGUAUCCAGCAGCCCAGGGUCACCGGCUGAGCAGACCUACCUGCCCGGUGACAGCAGGAGGGACGGUGCCGCGUCGGACGAGCUGAGGACGUCCGUGCCUCCGAGCGACCUUGACGCACUGGGGCACCGCCGGUCCGACAGCAGAUCACUACACUCCUACGUUCACUUCGGACACCACAACAACACCCUGACCACUUCCGAGGACAUCCAGCUGUUUACGGAUUUAGACCAGGGCAGCAAACUCGUCCUUUCCAGCGGAGCUCACAAGACGAGCUUAUUGGUGGAUCCGACCGACAUGUACCAAACACUGGCCAUCGCCGCAGCCCAGAGCCAGACUGGAUAUGAUUCCUCCUCUGGUGGUUAUAUGCACUCCAACCCCAACUCUCCCGUGUACGUGCCCAGUUCCCGAGUGGGCCCCAUGAUCCCCAGUCUCUCUUAUCUUCAAGCCAGCGGUUCUGCGCAGCCCAGCCACGCCGUCUCCAGUCACUCAGUGUGGUCACAGUCCACCCCAGAGAGCCCGUCCUACAGCACCGGGAGCCCCCACACAACCAGCCGAUUCCACUACCCUCCAAGCCCGCCUAUGAAUAACGGAACCCCCAGGGACACCGGUUACAGUAACACGCUGAAUGUGAGCGGCAGAGACCAGUACGGCCUGUCUCGCCCCCUCAGUGGGACCUACCCGAGUCCGUACUCCCCUUAUGUUGCACCACAGCUGUCGCAGCUGCCUUCGCCUUGGACCGGGGGACCUUUCGAUAACACCAUGCUGCACACUUUGCAGAGCCGAGGUGCACCCUUGAUCCGAGGACCAAACGGAGUUUCAGAUAUGCUGGAUGACCUGGGGGAGAGCCGAGAGUGCGUCAACUGUGGCUCCAUCUCCACGCCGCUCUGGAGACGCGACGGCACGGGCCACUUUCUGUGCAACGCCUGCGGCCUUUACAGCAAAAUGAAUGGGCUGAGCCGACCAUUAAUUAAACCACAGAAACGGACGUCCACAUCCAGAAGAAUCGGAUUAUCCUGCGCCAACUGCCAAACAAGCACGACCACUCUUUGGCGCAGGAACGCGGAGGGGGAGCCGGUGUGUAACGCGUGUGGGCUCUACACAAAAUUACACGGGGUGCCCCGGCCGCUCGCCAUGAAGAAAGAGGGAAUCCAGACUAGAAAAAGAAAACCGAAAACCUUAAAUAAAUCCAAAGGAUCCUCCGGUAAUAAUAACACUGUGUCUAUGACUCCCACGUCCACAUCUUCAUCCAAUUCUGAAGACUGCUCCAAAACCAGCUCUCCCUCUGCACAGGUGUCAGGGGUCAGUUCUUCUGUGCUGUCCAGCUCCGGGGAGGGAACAGGCUCUGGAUCAGCGGUGAAGUACCCGGGUCAGGACGGCCUGUACACCAGUGUGGGUCUGUCUCAGCCGUCAGAUGUGUCUUCAGUGCGAUCUGAACCCUGGUGCCCCAUGGCUUUAGCUUGAACAUCCAAACCUUUGGGAAGACAGCAACCCCCAGGCCCCUGUCCUCUCUGUGGAUGCGAUGGAAGUAUUUGGGGGGGAUGAUUUUUGUUUCCUUCCACUCGUCUGAUGUGAGAAGAGUCGGACGGAAAGGGUGAGACGACCUUCAACCACACUUCAAGCUCGAACCCAGCGUGGAAUACCUGCGAUUCCAGAUCGGUGUGGGGAUUUUGUUGCCUUAAAAACACACAAAGGGGAACGCCUGAGAAAUAAAAAAGGCCAAAUGAUCAAUCCGGUAUCCUGCUGUGGAUGGUUUCUGGACCUGCCGUGCACUCGAUAUCUCUACCAUUCAUGGCACAGAACCAGAUCUGGGUUCUUAAACAAAAGCCAUCAUGAAUUGUAUAUAAUGGAUUUCCAAGAAGAAAAAGCUUUUGAUUGGAUACUAGUGCUUUUUUAAGUGCUACUUUUAAGGACAUGUUAUGUUUCUUUCCACAACUGGAAUCAUGCCGCAAGUGCCGAGACAAGUUUUAUAAAUCAAAAGAGAAAAAAAAAUAUUUAUGAAUCUUCCAUUGUUGAAAACAUGGCUAUGAUUGUUAAUAAAGAUAUCAAUAUAGAGUAGAAGUUAAACCAUUCUGAUGUCUUCUUUUCUAAUUUUGUGUUUCUUUUUAAAAGUGGUUGUUUGUAGUACAGUAGUGUUGAAUCUGCACAUGUUUUCCACUGAAAGCUCUUACUGUAACUGAAACUAGUUUGGUUUAAACAGGGUAUAAAUGACUUCAUCAGUUAGUGUUGCUUCUUAUUCUUUCCUUUCCUUUCCUUUCUUUUUUUUUUAUUUUUUACUCUCAAAUAAUCAACUUUUUCAGAUUAAUUUCUCUAAAACAUCAUCUGCUGCUGGGUAGCAUCAUGGUACUAUUGUUAAAACUAUGGCAGACCCAGAGCAGAACU